CAUUUCGGUGCACCAAAGAAUAUAGUAUAUCCAGAAAUAUAUACAGAACGCAUUUGCAUCACCAACCCACAAUUAAUACUAACCUAUUCUUGGUAUUGUAUAUACUUAUUGUGUGAAGUUUCACUCAAAUACACAAAAUGGUGGCUGCGCAUAGAACCGAAAACAUUGACUUCAACGAAACUAACCCACCUGUGAUACCAGGUUUGCCCAUGCCUGACGAGUUAAUCUGUCGCCAGGCUAAGCGUGCGCAAAAGGGUACUAAAGCACGGCCUGAACAAAACAAGCAAGCAGCACAGAAGAUCAGAAACCGUAAGAAAGCAUACGAGAAGUACCUCAAAGAUGCGACCGAAUUCUUCACAAGCGAGAAUACGUUAGUGCAAAGUAGAUUAGAUGCGGGCAAUGAAUAUAUAGAAGAGCUCGAGUCUGAGGCCCAAAGAUUAAGAAUACAGAUCAGGGAUACGAUGGCGGAGUAUAUGCGGACUGAGGUUGUGGAAGAUGAAAAUGAUAGCUCUAGGGAUAUGUAUAGAUCGGCAUUGUUUGAUACGAAAAUACCUACCACAAGGGGGGGUAAAUAUUCCCAUCGGAGUUCAACAAGCAGUGAACAUCGCGGAAUAUCAACUUCAAGGAUAUUUGGUAGCUGCGACGAACCCAAUACACCGGUACAUAUGGGCAUAGAGGAGCCGAACAACUAUGAACUCAGGAUACACAGCAAGAGCAGGGUCUAUAAACCUGACUUGGAUCCUGGAGUGGCCCUCUAUCAAGGAGACCGUACAUCGUGUGCUACCACAAAUAUGGCGAGUUCGGUGAUUAUUAGUAAUAAUCCUAUAGACUGUGCAUACGGCAGUAUGUGUUUGCAGAAUGCGGAUGAGGAAAGUGACAGUGGUGUUGAAGAUCUAGACGACGACUUAGGGUCGGACGUAGAGGUGGAUGAAGGCGCCGGGGAUUUGGAUGACGUUGAGGUGGUUGCUACGCCAAUAAGCCCAUUGACUGCUAUUGACGGCAACAAUGGAGAUAUACCCCAACGUUCAGAUGCGGGUUCAUCCCACGACAUGGAUGCGGGUAUGGAUAUGGAUGUGGAUUUAAAUGGGGAUAUAGAAGCGCAGAUAGUGGAAGACUCGGAUGAUCUGCAGUCGGAUACCGAGUACGAUGGAUUCAGGUACUUCUACAUCCGUAAAUCCAUCAAGCCUUCUUUAAUCAUGUCCCGACAAUGACAUGCGACAGGGAGGAUGAAUGAAUUAUGUUAUCCAACGGGAAACUAAACUAAUAUAAGUGAGUCCCUAGUUGUCCAGGACUAUAGGCGUAAGAGUGAAUAUUUGCAAUCACUAGAGGACCGUCGCUAGUCUGCCAUAAAUUGAUCCGAACAAGCAUUGAACACCAAACCACCGUAUGGACCGAACAAGAGGUCAAACCACGGCAAACCACGGCACUAUCAAAGAAAUCCGAAUAGGGAACCUUAAACCAGGGAAGAAGAACGACAACGUCCUAUACUUCGCAAAAAAAAGUACACGUUAACGCAU